UGAUUACGAGGCUGUCUGCUGUCUUUUAUAUUGCUAUGUAGGGAUCAAAGAAAGCAAGUGAUUUCAGAUGGCGCAAUGUACUUUUUUAUGUUUGGUUAUAUUGAAAUCCAUUUAAACAGCAUAUAAGAUCCCUUCAAAUCUAGAAGACUUUGAAUUCUGAAAACACAAAUGAUCAUCUCUAAUUUGUCUGGAAAAGACGAUUUGCUAACCAAUUACCAACGAAGUUUCAUAAAUCUUACAAAUGGAAGCAUCUAUUUAAACAAGAAUUGGGAAAUCAUUUUUGGUAACAACGAUGAAAAUCUCAGCUCUUAUUAUGAAUACAGUGACUACAAGAACUCUAACAAUGAACAAUUUGUUAUUGACUUCGUACCAUUUGUUUGGCCUAUAUUUGAUUAUCCUAUUUUUCAUAGCGUGUUGUGCUAUUUAAUCUUGAUAGUUGGAGGGUUUGGCUUAGUAGGUAAUGCAUUUACAUUGUUCAAAAUACUGUGCACUAAGAAGCUUCACACGCCUACAUUCACAGUCAUCGGAUGUCUGGCACUUCCAGACUUUCUCAGUAUUAUUUUCUUCUAUUUCGUAACCUUUACAAACAUUUAUGAUUAUCUUUAUUUUUAUGCGUGGGAAAGCAUGUUUCUUCUUCCAUCCGACUUGUAUUCAGGUUUACAGUUGAUGACGUAUUUGAGUUCAAUAGGUCACUUGCUUUUACUUUCUCUCAUUAGAUUUUUAUUGACGGUUCAUCCUUUGCAGAGCAGAAAUUACUUAACUUCUUCUAUUGUCAUUAGUUUUUCUGCAAUGACAUGGAUAUACAGCUUUUUAAUGAUGAUUCCAGUCAUUUGUUUAAAAAGGUCAGCUCUUAACAUUGAAAAUAAUUUCCAGUAUAUGAUUCGAAUGAACGCUGUAAUUCAUUUAGUAGUCGAGACCGUAUCAGGUUUGGUUCCUCUUUUUAUAGUAAUAAGACUGCAUUGCUUUAAAAUAAGAGCACUGAGAACUUCAACUGUAAACACUCAUUUCAGAAGGAGAAUGAACCUCGUUGUCACAAUAGUUCUAUUCGUCUUUAUGUUUUAUCAUUUAACAGUUAUAAUAAGGAUAAUCAUUUUAACGACAUCAUAUAUAUAUAACACCCCAAUUUCAUUUUACAAUGCAGUUUGUUCUUUUGAACAAUUUCUUGCGAUAGUUAAUUAUUCUUGUAAUCCAUAUAUAUAUUUCUUUUCUUCACUUAUUGUUUCAUGCAAGAAAAAAUAA